AUGCUUUUUUUUGUAACGAGUAAUAACCAAUUAGUUAGUGUAACAUUUAAACCAGAAGGACCAAUUGCAUCAUCAUUUUUUUCAUAUAAUUAUUGUGAUUUUGAAUUAGUUGAAGAUAUAUUGUUUGCGUUUACAUUAGAUGGGCAAUUACAUAUUUAUAACACAACUCAAAAUCCACCAUCAUUAAUUCUUCAAAUAUCAACUACAAAAUAUUUAAAAAAUACACAUCCAAUCGCUGUGAGUAGUGCUUAUUUUGCGUAUCCUACUUAUGACAUUCCUCCAUCAUAUGUUGAACCUCCACAAAGUGCUGCAGCCAUAACUACAGAAACAAUAACAAGUUCAAUUAAUUGGAUUACUGAUGGAGUAAAAAAUAUUUAUGGAGCACCAACUCAACCACAAGAAAUUAAUGAUAAUGAACAUAAAAAAGAAUUUGUUGUUGUCGCAGAUCAUAGAAGUAUUAUUUCAAAAAAACAGAUAAAAAGGAUAUGUCACUUUUGUGCUACUGCUUCACGACUAAGAACAAUGAAAUUUGAUCCAAAAGGAGAAUUACUUGUUACUUGUGAUGAUAAAGGAUAUUUAGCAAAUGUAUUUAGAGUACAUCCAAAUGGUUAUCUUGAUCAUUUAUUUGUAUUAAAAAGAGGUACAACAACUGCAGUUAUUACAGACAUUUCAUUUACACCAUCAUGUGAUUUAGUUGUUGUUUCUUCUUCAAAAACAUCACACCUAUUUACCCUUCCACCAACAAGUUGUUCUGAUCCAAUUAAAAAGAAUGCAUCAACACAAAAUGUUGUUUGGAUUAAUGCAAGUAAUAAAAUUCAUACUAAUGAAGAUUGUCCAAUUACAGUAACAUUUAGUGAUAACAAUUUAGUCCAAGCAGUGUCAAGUGACCUUGGUAUUUAUCAAUAUGUUAAUGGUAAAAUAUCUGAAAGAGGGCAUGUUGAUAUGAAUAUUCCAUGUACCGACCAAUAUAUGAAUCAAUCAUUAUUUAUGUUACCAACUUCAAUUGGAGAAGAUGACUUCUAUAAAAGUGUAGAUACACGUAUUAUUCCAUUUGAUGACAAUAAGUUUAAGAGAUAUACUAACUGCCAAAAUAAAUUUGCUAUUGGCUCAGAGGCAAUAGAAAAACAAAAAUUAUUACUUGAAGCUGCUAUGAAUGAAUGGGUCUCUGCAACAUCUAACGUAUUUGAUAUUGAUUAUAUUGUUAAAGAUGAUUCAGAAGCUGGAGGAAGUGAAUGUGCUGAUGAACCAAAUGAAAGAACAGAAAUCCAAGAGUCUAUAGAGUGUAAAGAAGAUGGACAAGUUUGUGAACAACAAUCCAAUAAUGAUGACUCAAUAAUUGUUUAA